UAAACGAAAAAAGGGACUAACUUGAGCAAUCAGCACCACUAUUGCUAUUUAAUUUAACAGCCCAUUUCCCUUAAUUCUUUGAGAACUCACAACUUUCUUGUCUUGAAUCUUGAUUUCCAGCAAGCACUUUCCAAAUUAGAGUAAUGACAACUGAAGGUCAAACAGUAGUAUCACCAAUUCAUGUCUUCAUGGUCUCAUUUCCAGGCCAAGGACAUGUCAAUCCUCUUCUCCGAUUGGCGAAAUGCCUAGCUGCCAAAGGUCUCCUUGUCACCUUCUCUACACCCGAAAGCCAUGGUGGUCAAAUGAAAAAGGUCAACAAAAACAUCAGCGAUGAUCCAACACCUUACGGUUUAGGCAUGAUAAGAUUUCAAUUUAUCGACGAUGGCUGGGAUUUUUCGAAGCCAGAGGCCAAUGAUCUUGACUUGUACUUGCAACAUUUAGAGUCGGUGGGCAAAAAGGUUCUUCCUAAAAUGCUCGAGGAAAACAAGAAACAGGGUCGCCCUGUUUCUUGUCUGAUAAACAAUCCGUUUAUCCCUUGGGUUUCUGAUGUUGCUGAGAGUUUUGGCAUCCCUAAUGCCGUGCUUUGGGUGCAAUCUGCUGCUAGCUUUUCAUGCUAUUAUCAUUAUCAUCAUCAAUUAGCUUCUUUUCCAACUGAAUCUCAACCCAAACUUGAUGUUCAUCUUCCAGCAAUGCCAGUUCUAAAACAUGACGAAAUCCCUAGCUUUUUGCACCCUGCUUCUCGUUAUACAAUGUUGAGGACGGCUAUUUUAGGCCAAUUCAAGAAAAUGUCAAAGCCAAUUUGUAUACUGAUGGACACUUUCCAAGAACUUGAACAUGAGGUAGUUGAUCACCUUGCCAAGAUUUGCCCCAUCAAGACUAUAGGCCCUCUUUUCAAGUACCCAAAAUUAUCCGAAGAUUUCCGUGGGGAUUUGUUCACAGCUGAAAACUCUGCCUUGCAUUGGCUCGAUUCAAAACCACCAUCCUCUGUUGUAUACAUCUCGUUUGGAAGUAUAGUCAUGUUGAAACAAGAACAAGUCGAUGAAUUAGCGUACGGGUUGUUAAAAUCAGGGCUGAAUUUCUUAUGGGUCGUGAAAUUACCUAUCAUAGGGACUGAUUACGCACCCAUUGAACUACCAAUUGAGGUCUUGGAAAAAGCGGGAGAUAGGGCCAAAGUGGUUAAGUGGUGUCAACAAGAACAAGUCUUGGCACACCCAUCAGUCGCGUGUUUUUUGACUCACUGUGGAUGCAAUUCAACAGUGGAAGCGCUAGCAAUUGGCACUGCAAUAAUUGCAUUUCCUCAAUGGGGUGACCAAGUGAUUGAUGCUAAAUAUUUAGUGGAUGUUUACAAAGUUGGGAUUAUUUUGUGUAGAGGUGAGGAUGAAAAUAGGAUUAUUCCAAGGGAGGAAGUGGAGAGGUGCUUGUUGGAGGCAACUAGCGGUUCGAAGGUGGCGGAGAUGAAAGAGAAUGCAUUGAAAUGGAAGAAGAAGGCAGAGGAAUCGGUGGCAGAAGGUGGCUCCUCCAUGCGGAAUUUGCAAGCAUUCGUCGAUGCUAUUAUGGAGACAUGUACGGCUGAAAAGCUCAAGUACUAAUAAUUAACUGUAAACUGGUCUGCAAUAGAUCUUCUUAUUGAGAUUGAUAUAGCGACCACCAAUGUUAUGAGUAAUUUGUAAUGCAAAUUGAACUCAAUACUUUUU